CGGCGCUGGAGUGGCGCUGCCUGGCCGGUGGCUGGUUGCAGGCUGCUGGUGGUGCGGCUGAGGAGAACGGAGUGUGGGUUCAGCCUUUCUCGCCCGGAUCCCCGCAACGAUGAGUGCUGCCAGGGAGUCUCACCCACACGGGGUGAAGCGUUCAGCCUCCCCAGACGACGAUCUUGGAUCCAGCAAUUGGGAGGCAGCAGACUUAGGCAAUGAAGAGAGAAAACAGAAGUUCUUGAGACUUAUGGGUGCAGGAAAGAAAGAACAUACUGGUCGCCUGGUUAUAGGAGAUCACAAGUCGACAUCUCACUUCCGAACAGGGGAAGAAGACAAGAAAAUUAAUGAAGAACUGGAGUCUCAGUAUCAGCAAAGUAUGGACAGUAAAUUAUCAGGAAGAUAUCGACGACAUUGUGGACUUGGCUUCAGUGAGGUAGAAGAUCAUGACGGAGAGGGUGAUGUGGCUGGAGAUGAUGACGACGAUGAUGAUUCACCUGAUCCUGAAAGUCCAGAUGACUCUGAAAGUGACUCAGAGUCAGAGAAAGAAGAAUCUGCUGAAGAACUUCAAGCUACUGAGCAUCCUGAUGACGUGGAAGAUCCCAAAAACAAAAAAGAUGCAAAAAGCAAUUAUAAAAUGAUGUUUGUUAAAUCCAGUGGUUCAUAACUCCCAAACACUUAGUCUUUGUAUUAAAAGUAAGCCUUAUUGUUAUAAUGCACAGUGGAGGACUGCUUGUAGAGCACAGACCUUUGUAUUAUAAUUUUUAAAAAGGCCCUUUUAAAUAAUUACAAAGAGUGUUUGCUUUCCAAUGCCAUGGGUUACACUUUUAUGGGCAUGACUAUAUCCAUUUUGUAAAGAGUAAGAGUUGUAUAAAAUAAGAAAUAAAUACUCAACUUCCUUUCAUGUUAGCAUCAUCUGCCCCUAACCACACCUUUUUACCCCCUCAAAAGCAGUAUGGAGGAGACAUUUUGUUUGUGGUAGCUAUUUCAUCCUUUUUGUUGUUCAUAUUUUUCUCUUAUAAAGAUUUGAUACUGUGAUGUGUUCAUAAAAAAAAAAUUCUCUAAUUAUACUUUUCUUAUAGUAGAACUAUUCAUCAUGGAUAUUUCUGCUGUCAGCCACAACCUAAAUUAAUGUUGGCAAAGAUUAGGCACUUAGUUUACUCUUACUGAUUCAGCUCUACUCUGUUGGACCAAAGCAACAUGAGCGCAAGUACUUUCACAUUUGUUCGGCUGGAGUCCCAGCUGUUGUUCAUUUGAAGCAUUUUGAUCCCAAGCAGUCUAUAUGAUUUGGAACAUUGUACGUUAGAUUUUUGAUAAAAUUUGGCCAAUUUUUACAGAAGAAAUUACUUCUCUGGUCAUUUAGUCUUAUCUAUUUAGUAAUAUGUAAAACUGAAUUUUUUUUUUUUUUAAAGGUAAUAUGUGACCAAAGUUUAUUUUCUCCCUAAGGUCUAAAUAAAGAAAAAGCAGUUUCCCAUAUUUGGUUGUGAUACCUUUAUCCUCACCUAAAAAUGAGGAACAGGCUUACUGAACAAGAAGCUGAAACAGACUCUCUGGUUUUUAUCCCAUUGCUAUUAUUUUGAUUAUCACAUUACUAAAAGUAUUUCUGAUUUUAUUGUUGCUUCUGUUAGAGUGAAAUUAGAGUGAUCUGUUAUACAGUUGUACAGUGGAUUAACACAAGCUGCAUUAUGGGCUAGUCAGUGGAUCUGAAUAAUUGGGUCCAGAAUCUUGUAUCUAAAUAACAAGUUCAAAGGCUUGAGUCAAAUCUGUUUGUGAACUGAUCUAUUACAUAUCUAGAUAUGUGGGUGUGUUCGAUGUGUUGAGUUUCUUUUUUAAAACUUAGUCCUGUCAUUUGGAAACUUAAAAUGUGUUAGAAGAGUAUAGCAACUAGAACAGGUGAUUUCUGGUUUACAGACUUCAUGUUGAAAUAUUUUUCAUGUAUCAGACCACCAAGGUGGGUUUUUUUCCUUUGUUUUUUAAACAUUUCUCACAUAGUUUAAAAUAAGUUCUGCCCUAUAUAGCAAAAUACUGAGUCUGCGUGGUAGGCAAUAUUUAAGACAUUUAACAAAUGACUUGGUUUGAAGAAGGUUUGCUUUAUUUGACCAUCUUAGUUUGACCACUGACUUUCAAAUUUCUAUUCUGGAAUUGCUUAUUGUAAUAAAUUUAUGUAGAAAGUGAAGACUGAUUUUUGUUUUAGAAUGAAAGAGGGAGAGAAGCCAGUAUUUUACUAAGCGAGUAUUUUCAUCAUUUCACCAUUUAUGCUGGGUUGUUGGUAAGUCUUGGUUCUGAUAUGUAAAUAGAAGUACCUUCCAAAAUAACUAUACUGGAAGACCUUUUUUCUUCAUCUCUGAAUAGAGAUUCUUAUUUUAACUGAUUUAUGUAUUAUUGGACAUUAACAAAAUUUAGAGUUGUAAUAAAUUUAGGUCUGUUGUUUAAUGCUACCCAGUU